GUCUAGAGGCCUUACACACAUCAACAACACCCACUUAGAUUUAUCAAAUGGCUAGACAUUGGAUGUUUAUUUUUCUUUUCAUAGUAUUAUUGUCGGAGGUUUCGACAGAUAUUGGCUUGAAAGUAUCCUAUUAUACGCAGAAGUUGGAUCAUUUCCAGCAUCAAGAAAGCCGCACAUUUCAACAGAGAUUUGUGGUAAAUGAUACUCUUUGGGCGGGAGCCAAGUCGGGAGCUCCGAUUAUUGUAUUAUUUGGAGGGAUAGCUGACGACAUGUACGAUCCUAGCAUAUACGGCGUAUUGACUUUUAGUGCAGUCAAGUUUGAGGCCAUGCUAGUUUCUAUUGAGCAUCGCUUCUACGGUGAAUCAAUACCAAUGAACUCCAUAGAUCUAGCCAUGGCGGAUCAUCGGACUAGAGAUUGUUUAUCAGUCAAGCAAGCUUUACAAGACUUUGCCGAAAUUGUUCAUAGCUUGAAGGCCAACUGGUCUGCUCACAACUCACCUGUCAUUGUUGUGGGCAUGGGAUACGCCGGAGCAUUAGCAACAUGGUUCAGAUUGAUGUAUCCGGAAAUUGCUAUCGGAGCUCUUGCCUCAUCCACUCCAUUGUCAUACUACGGCAGCACUACCCCAAGGGAUGGGUACUGUUCUAUUGUAAGCCGUGAUUUUCAGGACAUGGACAAAACAUGUUACAAGGCGAUUUAUGAUUCUUGGAAAGACAUUGAUGACGUGGCUUUGGAACGGCAUGGUUUGGCAAAACUUGACCAAUUUUUUAAUACAUGCAGGCCUUUGAAAUCUUCAGAAGAGGUGAAGCAGAAACUUGCUCAGUUAUAUUCAAUGACUGCACAAUAUGUUGACCCUUAUAAUACAUCAAUGAGCUCAGUUUGUAUAGAAUUAACUGCUCGGAGAACAUCUAUCGAGGGUUCUGUUUCAGUUUUGUAUAGAGAAUUAGAGGGUGGCAAAGGCAAAUGUUUUCAGAGUGAUCUAAUACAAGUAUAUUCUCCAUUUGAGCCCUCUUCAAAUUCCACGGCAGCUUGGGCAUGGCUGCGGUGCAAUGAAUUGAUUUUUCCAGUUGGAUGUGAGCAUAAUACUAUGCUUCCAUCUUGUCCUUUCAACAUUACUCGAAUGGAAAACUCAUGUUUAGAGAGGUUUGGAAUUGUUCCACAUCCUCGAACACCUAUAGAUUUAUUUGGAAGUCAGAAUUUGAAAGAAUCUCUCACCAAACUAGGAGGAAACAUUAUCUUUUCCAACGGGCUCAGAGAUCCUUUUUCUAGUGGAGGGAUAUUGAAGAACUUAUCAAAUACCAUCACAGCAAUAACAACCUCUCAAGGGUCUUAUUGUUGGGACAUGAGGCUCAUUGGAGACAAUGAUCCCGAAUGGCUCAAGAUAGGAAGAGAUAAAGAACUAGAAAUAUUUAGCCAGUGGAUAAACCAUUUUCACCAUAUCAACAAGGGGCAUAGUCUUUCUGUUUGCAGUAUUUUCAUUUAUUUCUUCUUAUUAGAGUAUAUAGCUUUUUAUAUAUGUACGUACCUAAGUUAGUUUAUUAUGCAAACGUGCUUCUCUUUUGUCUUA